AUGGCGACCUCUCGUCCUGUGCGCCGGACAGCUUUCUCCGGUCGCUCUGAGCGGCGCCACCGGCGACGCGGGCUCGGCCGCGGAAGCGUGAGCCUCCCGGCCCAGCUGUACGAGAAGCUCUCGCUUAUCAAGCGGCAGUUCGCCAUCUGCCUCCCGAGCACCGCCGCCGCGCCCGGCGUGGCGUUCUUCGGGAGCGGCCCGUACGGGCUCAUGCCGUCGACGCAGUUCGACGCGGGUGCCGCCCUCUCCUACACCGACCUGGUGCACGACCCGCGGCGGCCUUCCGCGUACGGCAUCCGGCUGCGCGGCAUCGCCGUGAACCAGGAGGCGGUGCCGCUCCCCGCCGGCGCGCUGGGCCGCGGCGGCGGCGUCACCCUCGACGCGGCGCUGCCCUACACCGUCCUGCGGUGCGACGUGUACCGCCCGUUCGUGGACGCGUUCCGGAGGGCCACGGCGCUGGUCCCUCGCGCGCCGAGCGUGCCGCCGUUAGAGCUGUGCUUCAACAGCAGCGCUCUCGGGUUCACGCGGGUCGGGUACGCGGUGGCGCCGGUGGACCUGAUGAUGGCAGCGCGCGGGUGUGGGAACUGGACGGUGUUCGGUGCCAACUCGUUGGUGCAGGUGGCGCCCGGCGUGGCGUGCCUGGCGUUCUUCGACGGCGGGUGGGCGGCGCCGAGCGCAGUGGCCGCCGGCGGGUUCCAGAUGGGGAACAACUUCUUCUUGCUGUUCGACGAGGCCGCGUCAAGGCUCGGGUUCAGCGGCACCCUGCUGUUCAUGAGGACCACCUGCGGCAACUUCAACUUCUCGACAAGCUAA